GCGAGUGCCAGUUUAGAUACCUGAAGUGUGGUUGUAGUGGUAGUCAGACGAUGGCAAGCAAACUGAUAAAAAGAUUUUUAAACAGAUCAAACGUAUUUGCUAUAAGAAGCAUAAGCAAAGUUAAUUCGAAGAAUGUUCCCAGGAAUUAUCAGUUAAAUUUUAUAAGCGUGGUCGGCACUGGCAUUGCUGUAUACGUCGCUUGCAAAUUUCAGUCUACAAGAAAAGUUUAUGCAGCUCAACAAAAAAAUAAUGAGGAAACGAAAAUUGUAAAAUUAACGUCAAGAGAGAAAAGAUUUAUUAGAUUCGCUUCAGUUGAAUACGACGGACAGCUUUAUAUGACUCCGCAAGACUUUCUGGAGUCUGUGGUCGAGGCGGAACCAAGGCCGCGAUUUAAAAGAAAGGCCCUGUCCCUCAAGGAUUUAGAAAAAAUUAAGGAAACAACUCCAGCCUUAAGUCAGGGUAGCGCUAGAAUGUUCAGAACGCUUAGGGAUAAAGGAAUAAUAUCCUAUACAGAAUAUUUAUUCCUACUUUCAGUUUUGACGAAACCAGAGUCUGGUUUUCGUAUCGCCUUCAACAUGUUCGAUACGGAUGGAAAUCAAAGAGUGGACAAAUCCGAAUUUCUUGUGAUUGAAAGGUUACUGGCUGGAAAAAAAUUUGAAGACACUGAACCUAUGGAAAAAAUCUUUAGUCAUGCCUGGAAAGGCAAACGUGGUAUUACCACCGAGGCCGAGCCAUUACAAACCACUCCCGUCCAAGAGCAGUAUGUUAACGAUGAACAAGGCCUACAAAGGAAACACAUCGUUGACACAACUUUGUUGAUCCACUUUUUCGGUCCCAAGGGUAACAACGAUUUAAAUUUCGAGAGUUUUAGGAAGUUUAUGCUUUACCUACAGACCGAGGUUCUCGAAUUAGAAUUCAGCGAAUUUUCGAAAGGACUACCAACGAUAUCGGAAGUCGAUUUCGCGAAAAUUUUAUUAAGAUACACUUAUUUAGACACCGACGAGUAUGACAUGUAUCUGGAUAGGUUGUUGGAUCGCAUUAAGGAUUCUAAAGGAAUCACCUUCGAAGAGUUUCACGUGUUUUGUCAAUUUUUAAAUAAUCUAGAAGACUUUACAAUCGCAAUGCGGAUGUAUACCUUGGCGGAUCAUCCUAUAUCGAAAGAUGAAUUUCACAGGGCCGUUAAGAUAUGCACAGGCACGAAUUUAAGCAUUCAUUUGGUGGACACAGUAUUCGCAAUAUUCGACGAAGAUGGUGAUGGACUUCUGAGUUACCGCGAAUUUAUCGCGAUUAUGAAAGAUCGGCUUCAUCGAGGCUUUAAGCAAUACGCUAAAAACGAAGGGUGGCAAGCGUUUAAAAAUUGCGUUAAGCAAGAGAUGAAAUCGACCUGAUCUUAUUAGCUACGAGAUCUGCUCCUUCCAAGACUGCCUAGCAUUUCGCGGGAAUUUUUUUGAUUUUUUAUUUUUAGACGUAUUAUUUGAACUCAGGAAUGUUAUUUUCUUGAAUAAUAACUGAAACUAAUGCUAGUCAGUUAGUAAUUAUUAGCAAAUUAAGAUGUUGUGAAUCGCACGUGCCAUAUAGAAUUUUAAUUAAGUUGUCAUCUUGUUACAUUUGUUGUUGAUUUAUGGGAUGUUUGUUGUUUUUUUAGUUAGAUAAUUUAUUUUCUGUUCACUUGGCAGCCCCGCUGUGCAAAUAAAAGCUCUAG